UGCACUUGCGCGUCUGCUCCCCUUCAGCUCCUGGCUCGCGGUUAUUUUGCCUGCGCUCCCAUUGCUCCUUCCCUCGCUGUCGACCUUCAGCUGCUGGAGCUCGUCAAGACUUUGUUUGUGCAUAUUACUCCCAAUACGACUACUUGGUGUGAAACACUCGAAAAUUUUCUGGCUGGCCGCGGGUAUCAGCUUACCACCAAGGAUAAUCUUCGUCGUCGAUUUAGUAACGCUUAUCAUUAG